AUGUUUAAGAGAUGUAUCUUAUAUUUUGUUAUAUCUAUUUUUAGUUUAAUUCUGGUGGUUUAUAAAGAAUCUAGAUAUGGAUAUAAGAAAUUUAAAUAUGAGAAGAAGUAUAAGAAAGGUUGUGAUAUAAACAAUGAUCUAUGUUAUAAUGAUAAUGUUGAUUAUUAUGAUGAUUAUUAUGAUGAUAAGGCUUUAGGUAAAUCCGAAAACGAUUAUGAAGUUGUUAAUUAUGAUGAAUAUACAAAUAAUAAUAAAAAGAAAAGUAUAAGUCUAAGUAAUAACAAAACGAAGAAUAAAAAUUCUUUUGAUAAUUAUAAUAAUAAAUAUGUAGAUAAGAAUAAAAUAAAUUAUAUUUUUAAACCUUAUUUUGAAGAAUUAAAUAAUAACAUUACAAAAUUAGAUCAUGUUAUUUCUUUAUUUUAUGAAUUUUCCAUAAAUGCAAAAUUCUUUAUUUUAAUAUUUUUUAAAUCCACUAUGAACAUAUUACAUUCAUAUGGUAUCUUAUUAAUUUCAUUAAUCAAAAUUUUAUUUUUAUGGUUUAUUAUUUUACGGCCAUAUAUUAAAUGGUUAUUUAUUAAAUUAAAAAAAUCAUAUAUGAAAUUAGAUUAUCAAAGUAAGAAAUAUAUUAUAUAUAUGAUGACAAUACUUUUAACAUUUUUAUAUUUAAUAUAUGUAGGAGUUUUUAAAUAUACCAUAAAUAAAAUAUCUAAAAUCUAUAAAUACUUUUUAAAAAAAAUAUUCAGAAUUAAUAAUUUCUUAUUUAAAGUCUUUCCUUAUAUUAUAAGCACCCUGUUAUAUGCUACAAUAAUUAAAACCAUACCCAUCAAAUGUAUUUCCUUUUUUAUAUAUUCAUGUUUUUUCCCAUUCCCUUCUAUAUAUUCAAUAGUUAUUAUUUUGAAAUAUGUAUACCUCCCAACUUUAAAUAGGUGUAUUAUUAAUAAAGUGGAAGAAGAAUAUCACGAAAAAAAUCAAGUAAAAAAUCAAGUAAAAAAUCAAGAAAAAAAUCAAGAAAAAAAUCAAGAAAAAAAUCAAGAAAAAAAUCAAGACCAAACAAAAUAUCAAUCCAUAGGCACUUCUACCACAUCGAAAGACAAACAUGAAUAUAUAACACAUCAUCAUAAUUCUUGUACAACAAAUGCAACGACUUGUAUGCAAGUCCAAGAUGUUUCUGAAACGAAUGAAGGUCUAACAUUAAAAAAAAAAAUAUAUAUAAAUGAAAAGGAUAUAGCUAAAGAUAAAAAAAAAGAAACAUCCAAGGGAAUGUUAAAAAAAAUUACAAAAAAGGUAACUGGGAAAAUAUCUAAAAAGACAACUGAAGAGGGAGCAUGUGAAAAUGAUGUACAAAAGGGAGAAGGGUAUUCACAAGAAAUGAAUCACCACAAUAUAGAUCAAGUUGAUAAAAUUUAUGAUAGUUCUACAGAAGAAGAAUGUGACCAUCUUGUGGAUGAUAAAGAUGAAAACUGUUUAGAUGAUAAAAACGAAGAUUUAUUAAAUGACCAAAUGGAUGAUGGUGUAGAAGAUUAUGUUGAAGAAUACAUUGAAGAACAAUCUAAAUGUGAAAGUAAAAUUUGUUAUAAAGAUAUAAAUAAAAAUAUAAACAUAAAUCAUAUACAUGUUAAUGAUAUUAAUGUGACUAAUAAGAAAGGUAUAGAUGAAAAAAAUAAUUAUUGUAUAAGUAAUUUUUCAUUUAUUAAAAAAAAAUAUUCUACUUUAUUUGGACUAGAAAGUUUUAAUUUAAGAUCUCGAUAUAAAUCAAAAAGAGAAAACAAGUCUCAAUUAUCUUCAAGUCAAUUUAAUCAAAUUGGAAAUGAAAGAUUUAGUUGUGUAUCAUCUAUAUCAUUUUUAAAUGAUGAAGAAGGAAAUAUACAUUCAUAUGAUGUGCCCAUAUUGUUAGAAUAUUGGUUAUUUAUUAAUAUAUUGAAAUUUUUAAGAACAUUACUUUUUUUUCAUAGAUUUGUAAAAAUACCUUUCCUAUUUGAAUAUUUUACAUUGUUUGUUAUAACUAUAAAUUUGAGUGAAAAAUUACAUGAAUUUAUGUUUUUAAAAAAAUAUAAAUCUUCUAUCUUAGUAAGAUUAUUAAAAAAUGUAUUAGUAACAACAGUUGAUUUCUUAUUAUAUUUCUUAUUUAAUGUUAGAUUAGAAAAUGAAAAAAAAGAAGAAGAAAAACCAAAUAAUAAUACAAAACAAGAAUAUUUAGAAAGAAGUAAUUUAUUAAUCAAAUUAUCCAAAAUUUGUAAAGAAAAACUUAAAAUGAAUGAAACAGUCAAAUUCAGUUUUACUUGUCUAAAAUCUAUAAUAACAGAAAAUGUUGUUGAAAAUGUUAAAUUACCUUUAUAUAUUAAAAUAUUUAUUAAUAUAUUAAUAUAUAUGCCGCAAUUAAUUCUACUUAUAUUCCCAUCUUUUAUACUCAAAAUUUAUUUCCUAUAUAUUUUUUUUCUAGCACCUAUUUUUGGAUCACUUAAAUGCUUAGAAGAAAAAAAAGCUAUACACAACAAAAUAUAUUUUAUUUGCUAUUUCUUCUUUUAUAAUAUAUCAUCUAUUGUAGUAAACCAUUCUAUUUUUAAGUGUUUACCAUUCUACAAUUUAUAUAAAAUCUUAAUUACUAUAUCUGUUCAAACAGCUCUCAAAUAUAUUUUUAACACCCUAAAGUUAAUGACUUGA